AGUUAUGGAACAGUCUUCCUAUUAGUGUUCGGGACUCAGACACAGUCUCAGUGUUUAAGUCUAGGCUUAAAACGUAUUUGUUUACUCAAGCCUACCCUGACUAGAUUCUGUUCUACUACUUCGCAGUCAUAAUAAUCUUUUUUCUCCCUCCCUCCUUUCGCCGAGCCCCACACGAAUUUAUGGAGAUACUAGAGAUCCAGAUCCUUUCUGCCUCUGGAUGGAGCUUUUCCUUGCCACCGUCGCCACUCAGUGGCUUGCUCAGUUGGGAUAAAUUCACACCUUUAAUAUCUGUAUACCAUGUUGAUAUUUCUGUAAAGCUGCUUUGAGACAAUGUCUAUUGUAAAAAGCGCUAUACAAAUAAAAUUGAAUUGAAUUGAAUUGAAUUACUACAUAUUCUUGAAUGAAUUCUAUGAAAACCGUUUUGUAAGAGACAUGCACAUAUCUGAUAUGACCCCAUGAAUGAACCCAUCCCAAACUGUGCGCCCAAUCGCCUGAAUCUGGGAGGAGUAGUCAAAUGAAUAUAUAAGCUGGGGACCAAGACUGUUUGCGUCUAGGACUCUUCGUUCAUCAAGACAUUCAGAAACCCCAAAAGCCAGCAACAUGGUUCAGUGGACAGACUUCGAGCGCACUACCAUCCAGGACAUCUUUUCCAAGAUCGAUUACGAGUCUGUCGGUCACCAGGCAUUGACAAGGUACAUUUAUGCAAAUAUGUAUUAUCAGACCCAAAUAAAUAUUUCAAUAAAUGACUUGAGAAGACUUCAGGAAUUAACAAUUAUAAGUACUUUUUUAAUGCUACUCAGGUGUCUGGUCGUGUACCCAUGGACCCAGAGGUAUUUCAGUAAAUUUGGAAACUUGUAUAACGCCGCUGCCAUCUUGGGAAAUCCCAAAGUUGCUGCCCAUGGCUUGACGGUAAUGCGUGGUCUGGAGAAAGCUGUGAAGAACAUGGACAACAUUAAGAGCACUUACGCCGACUUGAGUGUGCUGCACUCUGAACAACUGCACGUGGAUCCCCAAAACUUCAGGCUGUUGGCUGACUGCAUUACCAUUGUAGUUGCCUCUGUCCUGGGUUCUAGCUUCACAGCUGAAGUGCAGGCAGCUCUGCAGAAGUUCCUGGCGGUCAUAGUCUCCGCACUCGGGAAACAGUACUAUUAG